UCUAUCAAUCCAUCCUCCAUCAAUCCAUCGAUCAUCAAUCAUCCAUCAAUCAUCCAUCAAUCAAUCAUCAUCAUCAUAAAUGGAAUUUAACGAGAUUUUUUAUGCCAACAAUAUAAUUACUUUAAGUGCAUUAAUUUGUUGCACUAUUAGCCAAAUUUUCGCAUAUUUAGAGCACAAAAGUAUUUGCUUCACUAGUCUGACAUCUUUCCUAUGAAAUGAUAAAUAAUAUGAAACGCACAUCAACACAGAGAUGUACAAUCACUGAAGUGUUCCUAUAUAUGCUUCACCUCAGUCUCUCGCUUUUAUAUAAAAUUCGCUUGUAUAGGUAAGGUGGCUUGGAUUGUCCUCUAUAUUUAGUUUUGCUAUUUGGUAUUUUAUUGUGCUCUCAGUAUGGUGAUUGUUACUUAUUCAAGAUUGUGUUAGUCCUGUUAAAAAAUCGGCACUGACAGCAAAGGUCAAUAUACAGACUUAAUGAAAUUUUUGCUGUUGUCACGCGCAUCAUUACGGCCGAGGUAAGUCGCACUCUGAGAUGACCAGUGAUUGUAAAUGAACGACAAUGGAAAGUGAAGCACACUGAACAGAUGCUAUGUGCAGCCUUGUCAUUACACGGAGUUUUCCAUAAGCCAGUAAAGUUCUCCAUUCAAAAAUAUCUGACAGUUAUUAUGACAUUUGUAUUGAAGACAACCCCGCAAUGUUUGGUACACUGGCCCGAGAUAGAAAUAUCGUUCCAUUCACACAACUGUUGUGAGAGCAACACACUAACAGUCGUUGUAAGCUGAGCUUCCUGCAGAUACCUGAUGUCAGUCGUGUCAGACCUGCUAAUGUCAGUCAUAUCAGACUGGCCUGUACAGCUCAGCAUCAAAUCUUCGAGAAGCAGCUGCAGGGAGGUAAUCAGAGUUAACUCAACACUGCCAUGUGUACAUCUCAAAUCUAAAUAACGGUUUAAACCAUCUCCUUGUCGGACAAACUUGGGGUGGCGGUGGUCGUGGUGUGUGAACUGAAAGCACUAGUGUUGAUCUUAGUUUAUUCAUACAGAAUGAGAUUUUAAGCAAUUAAAAGACUAUUCAAUCAAUACACUUCUCAAGUAAUUUAAUUAAUGAAUUAAUUGUUACUAACUUUGUUUUUAUGGGUAACUUUGUUUUUAUCGGCAAUGUGAGAAUUUUCUAAGCCUUUUAGUCGCGAACUAAAACGUGUAGAGGAAAGAAAAAAUAAAGAGUUCAAUAAGUAAGCCAACAAUAAAUUCAGUGCUUUUUUAAUGCAUUCUUUUUCAACGUGCCUUGAACAAAUCUUGGCUCUCAAUGGAUUGCAACUUUUUUCUGAACUCCUGUAGUAUGAAUGAGAGCAGCUAACCACUUGUGUUCCUCUGUCGAUGUACCUGCCCGCGGAAGCGAAAAAAGAACCCCAACAACUGACACCUAAAGAUUUGAUACUCGCACAGUUGCAUUCUACCAAGCAGCUGUAUAAACCACCUUUUCUGUGUUUCUUUAUUGUUGUUAGUCUCGCAGACUUUGCUGACAUAGCCAUUGAAGGUAUUCCCUAAACCAUAGUGGCUAAACUGAAGUUUUGUACCGACCAGCCUUCUAUCAGUUGACUGAAAAAAAGUAGUCUUCAAGAAGCCAAGGAAUAUUAGUUUGUGAUAACCCAUAACGAAUUCAUGCUGACCUCUUGAACUAUGGACAUUCAACACCAAACUCUUAACAUCUGUUGUCCUUUACCAAACAGACUACUUAUCGUGUAUCCUGUGUCACAUUAGUCGUCUAAGUGUUUGCACUUCUGCUGCAUCGUCCUGAUUCCGGUUGUGUGUGGGCUUGACCUCCCUGACCUCGGUACUUCAUCGUCUCUUCAGUACUUCAGCUUGCAUACAUAGGGAAAAUGAGUGUAAAAAUAUUUAAGCGGGAUAUAACUGAAGUAGAUAGCUCAAAAUGGAGAAUGUUUUAAAUAUAGCCCAUAAAUAAAUUUUAGGCAGGAACUGGAUAGCAAAUUCACUCAGGCCCGGAAUACUGAAAGGGAAAGACGAGAUUGAAUCAGGGAUCUUCAUGUCACCUAUACUUGCAAUCGAUGUAAUGUAGCAUGGUAACAGUGGAAUUGACCCCUGUGGAUUUACCUCGCCUAGACGAGAUAUCCAUUUGUUAUUGCCAUAUCGAAAUGUAUUCACGUUUACUUACGCGUGUCUCAAAAUUUUGUAAUACUAAUGCCUAAGGGAAAGUUGCAUGAAUAGAGAAAUGUGAGUACAGUGCACAGUCGAGUUACAAUUGGGUUUUUGUUGGGAUGGGAGGGGGGUCUGGUCCGAUUGGAGCCUAUGGACAUGGAGGAAUAUUCUCCAUGGACUCAUUUCUCUGUUCGCCUUGUGAUCUGGCACACAAAAGAACUUAAACAUUACGACAUCCUAUAACCACUCACCCUGCAAGAAAUCGCUAACCGUCAAGUGAAGCACCAUCCGCCCCGUGACGUCACUGCAGCGGUACCUCGACUGACCCCAUCAUCAGACUCUCGGGGCAAUGGCCAAGUCCCUUCGGCAUUGUGUGUAUCGUCAGUCGCUGUGUUUAUCAGAACGAAUAAGAGUCUUUCCCGGUGGAAAAGGAUUCACAGACUAAAACCUAAAUUUUUUAAGUGUUCUUAGUGUUAGUUGGUGAGUUAAGUUUGAUUUCCACGGGAAGGACGACAACUAUCAGGUAGUUUGAAACUGGGAGUAUCUUCAUCGAAAACUGAUAUUUUGAAAAGAGACCUGAGCCUGCUUAAAGAGUGUGUGACUGUGUGAGUGUGCGUAUGGACAAAAUUUAUACCCAAGACCAGAACUUGAAGACUGGUUAAAUUUUAUAUUAUGUAACAUAAUUUUUCGAAACAGAUUUCUGUUACUUAAGAGUUACAAGAUUUUGGAUAUUUGAGGUUUAUGUUUGUGUCAGAACCCAGUGCCAAGGUGUCUAUGUUACAAUGUGUUACUGCGCUGCUGCAUUGUGAAGUCCUGUAACCACGACAAAGGAAAAUAACGCGUUGGCAGCCUCAGACAAUCGUUUUGUUUUCUUGUUGACAGAAAGAGCAAUUUCCGGUUAUGAGUGUGUUGGUCGGACCGUUCGUACCAUGACAGUCAGGUCACAAUGCGAGAGUCAAACAAGAUCGCAGACUGCAAGGUUCACAGAGAUAUGAUAAAAUAUCGGCGAUGUAGGGUCGAGGUCGGUAGCCAAAGGUACCGGUGUGUAGAUGAUUUCAUGGCGAAGAAUAGGAACAAGGAGAAACAAGACAAUUACAUGAAUUGAAGCGAUGAAGUGAUAUUGAAUUACCCAGGUCAGGCAGGUCGGUCAAGCCCAAACACAACUGGAACUGGGUACACUUAAAUUAUGACUUUUAUUAAGACAGUCACAUACUAUAUUUUGCUGAUUUAUUAACUCAUUUUGUUAGUAGUGGAAGAAUGUCUAGAACAAAAGCAAAUAUUUGUAAAGGCAUUUAUAGAAAUGCAACACUUUAUCAGUGUAAGUGUGUGUGUGUGUGUGCUUAUAUGCGCAAAUGAAGAAAAUACUUGGGUUUUAUUUAUUCCUGGAUGAGCUAACUGGUGCAGCAAAGUUGAGAUUGCUGUGAACGUUUGUCCUUCCUUGGAAAGAAUCAAAGUGGUAUGGAUAGUGCACAGGGCUGUUGAGUAUGAGGGCAGUAAACCUGAUCUGUCCACCCGACGGCCGUUGAAAUUGAUUUGUCAAAAACGUGAUUAAGAUGACUAUACAGCUUUUCAUGUGUUUAUUUACAAUCUUCAUUCAGCACAACGUACAGAAAACACGAGCCUGUGAUGGUGUGUACACCUCACCCAGUGGCUCCAUCUCGUCCCCGCUGUACCCCAGUCAGUACCCCGCCUGAUGAAGACUGUACCUACAUCAUCAGCACAACACAGGGCCAUCGCAUUACCUUGACCUUUGUUACAUUUGAAAUUGAGGCUGGAACCGAUGACUGCGAGUUGGACUUCUUGCAGAUCCGGGAUGGAAGCUCCAGACACUCACCGUCUAUGGGUAUCUUCUGUAACACGAGUGUUCCGGACAGAGUGAGGUCCACGUCUAACACCAUGUGGAUCAGAUUCCAGUCUGGCUCACAGUCAGGCACUGGCUUCAAUGCAACUUACUCAUCAGCAAUCAUUCCACAGAAGUUUCUCCUUGUCACUGACUAUCAUAACGGCAUCCGUCGCAUAGACAUCGACACGGGAAGUAAUGUUACAAUACGUCCCAGUGGUCUACAGGACCCAUUGGGUAUUGACUACGAUCCAGUAGACGGUCGUGUCUAUUGGUCAAAUCAACUGGAGAAGACCAUUCGAUCCGCUAACCUUGAUGGCAGCGAUGCUCAGCUGGUUCGCAAUUUUAGUCAAGGAGGUCGCCUAUUGGGCCUUUCUGUGGACUCUGUGUCGAGGCUACUAUUCUACGGCGACGACGGCAACAAGGUCAUCGGAAUGAUAUCACUGGACAACAACAGUCAUCAGAUUGUCAUCGAUUCGGAUAUUGGCCAGCCUCUAGACAUCGAGCUGGACAAACACAAUGGUGUGCUGUACUGGAGUGACCCUGUCAGGAGUAAAAUAGAGAGGUGUAACUAUAACGGCUCGCACCGUGAGGCAAUAAUUUCCACAUCCUUGUAUCUGCUAAAUCCAACUGGUCUUGCUUUGGACACAGAAGGGAGGAGACUUUACUGGGCAGAUGCAGGCGCACAGCUGAUAGGAUGGAUGGGUUUGGAUGACAGGCGACCUGAAGUUUUAUUUCGUCUGAGGGACUCAUUCUUUAUAGGCCUGGAUAUCUACCAAAAUGAGUUGUUUGUCACGGACUGGGGACCUAAAAAGGGUCUGUCAAAAACAACACACAUCUAUCGCAUUGGCGAGAACAGCACAAUGAGGACCGCAGUACAAGUUAAUGGCAUAGUAAACGAUGUUCGUGUCUAUGCCGAAGAAAGUAUUAGUAAAGCAUCUACCUCACCAACACCGACAAGCAAAGAAACAAUAAAAAUGGAAGAUACAGGUAGUAUUGAAUGUUUCAGCUUUUUGUUGCUUCAGUCAAUUGUAAUUAGGUCCGAUGUACUGAUAUGUCUGGCUCAAAAAAUGUCCUUAUGGAUGUAGUAAUGACGAUAUAUACCCAGCAAACACGCAAGAUUCCGCCAAUCUUGGGACAAGCUUAGGAAAAGUUUGUACCAUUGGUUUACUCAUUGCCAAGCAUUCCCCAAGCAAACGCCAACGUUCACUAUGCGAGCAUAACGCUAUCGUUCAUGUCAGCUGCGGUGGCACAUUGGCAAAGCUUGGCAAGCCGUUUUCCCGCCAACGAUCGCGAUACAGGCGGGGUCACCAAGUUUGAGCCAAGCUCGCUGACAUAAAUGAUUUAUGACUAUCAAGACAUGUUUUACAAACCGCGUAUUUGUAAUUAUUUUGUAGAUUGUUAAAUAACAUAAUUUAUACUUUAUGGUUAUUACAGUCUCAAAAAGUAUAAAGGUAGAGAUAUUUUAUCAAGAACGCUCACUCGCGUAAACCUUCGCACGUGUUCGGGUCUCCGGCAUAUUUAUAUAUAAAACAGAGCGAAAUUGGAGUUACACUCGAUCUGAUCUUCAUUAUUUUUCAGAAAAGAUCUUCACGCUUCUUCAAAAUGUUGUCACGAUACAAGUACACAGAUUUAAAUAUUUUAUUCAUCGACCAGCAUCUGAAAAUUUAGCAAACUUGACCGAUUCUUACUUAAACUGGAGACGCAUAAAAAAUUGCUGUAGGGACAACCAGUUCGAUCUGCCUUACACAAAAGUUAGCGAAAUUAGAAUCCGAAAAGACAUUAACAAUCAAAACUAAAUUCAAAUGAACACAAAAAAAGAUCUAAGUAAUUCAUCUAUUGUAAAAAAGUUAUGUACAUUUUUUUCUAAUUUUUCCUCUUGGGUUGACACAUACAAUUUUAUUUACUUUUACGUUCAUCAGUACAUCUGAUUCAAUACACCAAACAAAUACAAGUAUUUUUUUAUAUUAUUCAGUUUAUUAAAGCAGAAUUUGAGUCUAAAAAAACACAGGUGUGUUUAUGUGAAUGUGUAUGUAUGUGUAUAUUGCUUUCAUUUUCAUUCAUUAAACUCAAAUGCAUGCAAAGUUUAGUAAAUGUCAUUUCAUUAACAACAUUUACUUUUGCCCUGAAUUGUGUACUUAUCUGUUCCUAUCCUAGCAUGUUACCAUAUUUCUAUACUACGCAACAGGAAAUUGAUAUGUUUUUGAUGCUUAAUAAUUAUUUUAAAGGAUUUCUGUUUUUGCAUGGUAUAAGUCAAUGAUGCUCAUAAAUUGUGUAAUUUUAACGACAGUGAUUUAUCUGGAGGAGAUAGUAAGUUAAAUUUAAAUGGAUUGAGCAUGAGUAUCUAUAGGCAUUGGAAGCGUUUUUCUGCUUAAAGCAUAUUAUUCUUGUUAGCAUUAGAUAUUUUCUAUCUGUUCAACAACCACUGUACUGGGUCGGUUCUUAUAAUAUUAAAUACACCUAAAAGAAAAUACACGAUUAAUAAAAACAAAAGGUAUUGUAAACAAGUUAUUUCGGUUGAUAUAGACCAGUGUCCAAUUAAAAUUAAAUGCCUACAGUAUUUUGACUAAAGAAAUAAGAUUUAGAAAAGACAUUUUAUUUGCUGAAGUCUUUAUAAAUUAUAUAUAAAUUUUCCUAUUUAUUUUCUAAGUUUUAAUGAUCUAAGAAAAGUUUUUUUCUCAAUUUAAAAGAUGUACCACAUUAUCCAGCUAUUCCAAGAUGGAAAGACGUCUGCAGUCAUGCCCGAUGAAUGGCUAAUCCCAGAGAGCACCAAUAGAUAUUUAAAAGGACAUGUAAUUUUUUUUCUCUGUGCAGAAGAAAAGUGGAACCUAAGCAGCAGCUGCCUAUCGGAUGCUUCUGACUGUGCUGUGGGAUACUUAGAGCAUAUUUGAUUGACAAGCCAGAAGUGACCACAUGGCUAGUGGGUGGACUGGGAGGCUGGUACUAUUGGUGGACACAAUAGCCAGGAGUGACCACGCCAACUAGGGGUGGACUAUAAGGCGAGUACUGUUAGUGGACACAGCAGCUAGCGAUGACCACCAGGAGCCAGUGGAAAUCCAUGAGGUGGUUGCAGGUUCAGUAGCCGGUUGGUGACCACAAGGGUCUGUGUGAGACGCGAGUGGACUUCGUGAUUUCUUGGUAGUUUUACAGUUCUUUACGUACACUUGAAAGCCUUGAUUGAUGGACGACAGGCUGCACAUAUGUGUAUAUGUGUGUGUGCGCGCGUGUCUUAGUUUACUCUGUGCUAGCGUUAAAACUUUAUUUGCUAAGAUAUGUUUGUAUUAGAGUGCUUCAUCGUUGUUGAUUUAGUAAUGUGUCUGUCGCUUAACACAUGGGGGUGAGGGGGGCAACCUUUGGUUGGUCGAAUUUUGAAAGGAGAACUUAAUAGGGUUACAUCAGGUCAUAGAUAUAGGUGGAUCUUGGAGUGGGAAGUUUUUUUGUUUCAUGCUGAGGUCAUCUAGUGACAGAUGUUCUUUUGUUUUCUCCACAGGCUUGUCAUCUUUAACAUCUUUGUCAUCUCCAUCGUCCGUGCCAUCCUUUUCAGCUGAACUUCUGAUAUUCUUCGUAUCUUCGUGUGAUCUUGUUGACCUUGUCCUGGUUCUUGUCAUCGCUGCAUUUCUUAAACGUGAUUUUAUUCUCUUUCCACCCCUGUGUGUGCGGAGUCUCAACCGUUCUGUUCCGUCCUCCCUUCAUUUCUUCGUUCUGUCGCCUUCGUCGUCCGGUACUGCGUCGUGUGGUCAACGUGGCAGCUCGGACUGUGGACCAGCAAAGUGACACUGUGCACAUCGGACAGUCAGUGCAGUGGUAGUCAGUGCAAGAGCAUCGCAUAAGGGACACAGACUGAAGGAGACAGUAUCGACAGAGUACACAGUGUCUAAAUCUAAGGUCAGGCCUGAAGGUGUCAGGUGCAAGAACUCUGACAGUACUGUGCCACAGUGUGUGCUGGUGUUUUUUUCAUCAUCUCCCUUACUAACAUCACUCAUUACCAUUAUUUUGGCGCGGGGGAGUACCCUGUUUUCUCGCGUGUGUGCGUAUACGCACAUGUGUAUUUCUCUAAUCUUUUUUUUUUUUUUACUUUUCUCAUUUUUUUUCCACAUUUGAUUAAAAUUCUUAUUUGUA